AUGAAGCGAAGAAUUCGCUCUCUUCCUACAACCGAGCCCUAUCUCAAAUUCCUCAAGCCAGGCGCGUUAGCGCAACUCAGGGACUCCCGAAUCAGCGCCAGAUCUCACUCGGUCACAUCAAUUCCUCUCCUUCGAUCCUCACCGCCGUCUUCUCCGUCGUCUAAUACCUUACAAUCUCAGACUAACACGAUGGACGACUUCCCUUGCUUUUCCGGUAGGAUCUUCGGCCCAAGAUGUCUUCAACGGAAGAAGCUUGUUGCUGCUAAAUCGGUGAUGUUUCUGAAUUCGAGACCUUCAAGUUCGGAGUCUGAUUCGCCAGAUCCAAUUAUUAACUUGUUAAACAAUGAUAGCAUUGUUGUUGCUCAUUGA